CAAACCGAAUACAGCAUGCGCCCACGGGUCCCUAUCCCUGGUUUUUCCACCUCCUCUUCUUCUUCUUCUUCUUCCCCCUGCGAUCGCAGACUUGCCACUCUUGCCAGACACCUGCUUCCAAUGGAUACUCACGGUGAUUCCAUUUCCGCCUCCCCAACCUCCGCUUUCCAGGCUGAUUCUGUCUUCGCUCACGUCGUUCGUGCCCCCGAAGAUCCUAUCCUUGGGGUCACUCUAGCUUACAACAAAGAUCCAAGUCCAGUUAAGUUGAAUUUGGGUGUCGGUGCUUAUCGAACUGAGGAAGGAAAACCUCUUGUUUUGAAUGUAGUGCGACGAGUAGAAGAACAACUGGUUAAUGACAGGUCACGCAACAAGGAAUACCUUCCUAUUGUUGGGUUGGUCGAUUUCAAUAAACUGAGUGCUAAACUCAUUUUCGGUGCUGACAGCCCUGCUAUCCAAGAGAACAGGGUAACCACUGUUCAAUGCCUGUCUGGAACUGGUUCAUUAAGAGUUGGAGGAGAAUUUUUGGCUAGACAUUAUCAUCAACGAACCAUAUACUUGCCCCAGCCAACUUGGGGGAACCACCCAAAGGUCUUCACUCUAGCAGGAUUGUCAGUCAAAACCUAUCGCUACUAUGCUCCAGCAACACGGGGGCUUGACUUUCAAGGACUCGUAGAGGAUCUUGGUUCUGCCCCAUCUGGAUCUGUUGUUUUGCUACAUGCCUGUGCCCAUAACCCUACUGGUGUUGAUCCGACCCCUGAACAAUGGGAGCAGAUUAGACAACUGAUAAGAUCAAAAGCGUUGUUACCUUUCUUUGAUAGUGCUUAUCAGGGUUUUGCUAGUGGAAGUCUAGAUGCAGAUGCACAGUCUGUUCGUAUUUUUGCUGCUGAUGGGGGCGAAUUACUAGUUGCCCAGAGCUAUGCAAAGAACAUGGGGUUGUAUGGAGAACGUGUUGGCGCUCUAAGCAUUGUCUGCAAAUCAGCUGAUGUUGCAAGUAGAGUUGAGAGCCAGCUGAAACUUGUGAUCAGGCCGAUGUACUCAAAUCCUCCCAUUCAUGGUGCAUCUAUUGUAGCUGCCAUUCUCAAGGAUAGGGACUUGUACCAUGAGUGGAGUGUUGAGUUGAAGGGAAUGGCUGACCGCAUUAUUGCAAUGCGCCAACAACUUUUUGAUGCUUUGCGUGCCCGAGGUACUCCUGGUGACUGGAGUCACAUUAUUAAGCAGAUUGGAAUGUUCACUUUCACGGGAUUAAAUGCAGAGCAAGUUUCCUUCAUGAACAAAGAGUACCAUAUAUACAUGACAUCUGAUGGGAGAAUUAGCAUGGCUGGUCUGAGCUCCAAGACCGUCCCCCAUUUGGCGGAUGCAAUACAUGCAGCUGCAACUCGAGUGGCCUAGAAUAUGAUUCCGAUAUGAUCCUAUUUCUUUCAAUUCUCUGUUCCAUUUUUAGAGAAAUAGGAUGAGCUAUAAGGAGAGAAGGCAAUAAAAAAUCUAUUUUGGAUGGCAAUAACACUCAUCUGCCCGCUGUGGAGGUCUUCAAUCUGUUUAUCGUGACAUCAACGACUAUUUGUGGUUUAACUUGUUAUGAGAAUUUAGAACUCAGAUCUACACAUUUUAUGUUUGAACGUUAAACCGCAAUUUUGUUU